AUGGCGGACAAAACAGUGUGUCUGUUACCUGCUUCUGAAGAAAGUGAACAUUCAAAAAGUGGUAAACAAGUGACAUCACAAACAUGGCGGCCAAGAUUUUUGACAUUUCGUAACCUUCCAAUGGGUAUAAUCAUUGUAUAUAGACUCUAUAUACCACAACUAUAUACAAAGUAUUGGUUGAUCUGGAUUUUGUCAUCUUUGAAGUGUAUAACAUUCAAUACUUCCAACUCCAAGAGGAUAUAUUAUACCCACCUUAAUAUGGAUAAUUUGGAGGUUUAUGUGAACGUAUCUCCGGCAGAAUUUCCAUUCAUUUGUAGAAUUUGUUUAUCUAAAGGAGAGUUGAAACCUUUUGAAGACGAACUGUCAGCACUUUUUUCUACUUUAACUAAUAUCCAGGUUGAAUUUGAAGAGAACCUCCCAAAUAAAGUAUGUCUAAAUUGUAUCUGUGAACUUCGAGAUAUUUCUCAGUUUAUAGACAAAUCAAAAUUAAAUGAUGCUGGGUUACGUAGAAUAAUUAAAGAUGAAAAUAAACUUUAUGAAGAAGAAUGCCAAGAAUCAGUUGAUAAUGAUGUUUUUGAUGAUGAUCCUGCCUUUGGUAAUGUUAAAAUAGAAAACCAGACUGAAGAAUCAGAAGGAAAUAAUACCUCUCUGAUAUGUGAAAAGGAAGACAGUUUUGAUUCAAACAUGUCAUCUGAUAAUAAAGAAGCGAAUUCUAAUUCGGACUCAAAAAAGUUAUAUUGCUUUCAUUGUAAAAAAAUGUUUCAUAGUAAAUAUAAGUUGAGGGUACAUAUGGCAACACAUUCAGAUGAAGAAAAGUUUGAGUGCAAACUUUGUGGAAAGAAGUUCAAGUUUUCCCAAAACCUAGCCAGGCAUACUAAUUCGGUGCACAAGAAUAUGAAGCCUUUUAAAUGCGAAAUCUGCCAGAAAGAAUUUGCUCGACGUGAACGGAAAGUGCGCCAUCUCAAAACGCACACCGUAAAAUCAGCAAGCAGAAUUUGCUAUAGCUGUAAAGAGUGUCAGACAACGUUCAACCGCAAAAUGGAGUAUCGUCAGCACAUGGAAGAACACCACAUAAAAAACGGCGAGACUCGGGACCUCUCGGACGUCAAGUGUCAAGUUUGCGAAAAGAUAUUUGUAUCAAAGUACGUGCUGCAGACCCACAUGAUAACCCACAGCGACAAGAAAGAUUUCUUGUGUAAUAUUUGCGGCAAAGAAUUUCUUAAGAAAGUUUACCUGGAUAUUCACGCUAAAACUCACACCGAUGAAAAACCUUUUGAAUGUAAAUUGUGUGGGAAAAGGUUUCGACAAUCUAGCACCUACAACACACACCUCGUUAUUCAUACGGGAGAAAGACUUUAUAAGUGUAAUCAGUGUGAUAAAACUUUCAAGCAGAAUAAUCAUUUGAAGCGACAUGUUAUGGUUCAUGAAGGAGUGAAGCCGUAUAAGUGUUCAUACUGUGGCAAAAAUUUUGCUCAGUUUUCGAACUUGAAGUCUCAUACAAGGCUUCAUACGGGGGAAACGCCAUACCGGUGUUCAGAUUGCGGCAAAGGUUUUCCCAAUUCUGGAAAUUUGAAAAAACACAAGAAAAACCACACAAAAACUUUAGUGGAAGCUGGAGGACAAAACUAUAAUGUCUAUUUCAAUAUGGAUCCAGAGGAACAUAUGAAAGUACACGCUCAAUACCACCAAGAAGAUCGUGGAACAGACUCGGACACUGACAUCUCAAAAGAAGUCCUAAUGGAGUAUGAAAUUCAGGAAGAAAGUUUUUCGGACAAAGACUUUCUUAAAAAUAUACCUAUAAAGGAUUCAUAUGAAUUUGAAGUUAAAAAGAAAAAUUACUGCAAGAUAUGUGAUAAAAGCUUUAGACAGUCGUUCAAUUAUAAAAUGCAUAUGAGGAAACACACAGGAGAAAAAGUAUUCGACUGCGAUAAAUGUCGUAGAAGGUAUCUUUCGGAAAAGGCUCUUUUAAAACAUCUUAAUACCCACGUGGCAGAAGUAUAUACUUGUGAGAUCUGCGGAAAAACUUACCGAGUGAAAGAAAGCUUGGAGUUCCAUCUGAAAAUUCAUUCAGAAAACACACCUUACGAUUGUGAGGUGUGCGGAAAGUCUUUCAAGAUGCUAUCCUAUUUCAAUCGACACAUGAAGAAUCAUCAAGCGAUAAAAGACUUUUUGUGUUCAGAGUGUGGUAAAGAGUUCACCAAAUAUCAACUUCUGAAAAUUCACAUGCGCAUUCACAACGGUGACAGGCCAUAUACAUGUCAAAUAUGUGGAAAGAAGUUCACCCAGAGCAGUGCUUUGGGCUUGCAUAUUCGAAACCAUAGGGGAGAAAGAAAGUUUCAAUGCUCAAUUUGUGAUCAAACAUUCUUUCAGCAUCAUCACAUGUUGGAUCACGUCAAACUGAAACAUACAAUGGAGAGGGAGUAUAGGUGUCUAAUAUGCGACAAAGCAUUUGGGUUGAAGAGCUCUUUAAAUCGACAUAUGCUCAUCCACACUGGUGAGAAGCCACAUUGUUGCUCUGUGUGCGGUAGGGGAUUUCGUGAGACACGCCAAUUAAAGAAUCAUUCCAAGAAGUGUAAACAGAUACUGUGAAACAAAUUGGACAUAACUUGAAUAAUGUGUAUAUAGGAUGUGUAAUGGAUGUGUAUGGUUAAUUAAAAUGAGAAUUACAGUAAAACUUGAUUUUAACGGUCAUUUACCCUGUUCAUAUGUACAUAUUUUGCAGGGUGUAUCUUGAAUAAUGAUUUUAAUUUCAGGGGGCGAUUUAUUGUCCUAUAAACUUAUGUUCUGAAUCACUACUUUUUUUAAAUAACAGGGUUCUCAAAGAUGUAAUUAACGGUUAUGUUCCAAAUAAAUGAAGAUAUUAAA